CGACGGCGACAACGACGACCAAGGCACCGACGGCGACAGCAGCAUCCGCAAGAGUCUCAAGUCGGAUUUAAUAUUGACUCACCGCCAUGGACGACGAGAAGCGACAGCAAGAUGACUGGGCCAACAGCCGCAAAAACAGGCUACCAUCGUUUACAGAGGUCCUGUCGAGAAAGACACGCCCGCCGGUCGAUCUGUUCAUGUUCUACCUGUUCCUGCAACGCGAGGGCGCGGAGGAUAUUCUAGACUUUUGGCUCGAUGUCCAGCAACACGAGAAUCUUUGUCGCGCCUACUUCAAGGACGUUCGAAAGUCUGGAAGGACGAUUAAGGAAGACUGGCCUCAAUACUGGGACUAUGCUCGCCGACGAGGAUCGAUUUACGGUACCGUCGUGGGGCUCAACCCUGAUUCACAUACCAAACGGAGCACCCAGAGUACGGCAGACCUCGUCUCAGAACACGACAGGCGCAAUUUGGCUGCGACCAGCGAUUCAGGACACGGUCGACGUUCAACCACACCAGACGCUGGUCGUGUUGCUCCCCCCUCUGAUCCAAAUGCCGACCCACCUCGUUCCAGCACUCCCUUCUCGCUGUCCGGCCGUACACCUACCCUCUUCAACCUGCGACGGGCAUCCAGAGCACCCACGGUUAUCCCCCGCUCAGCAGCAAUCACUCGUUUAGACCUUAUUGCCUCAGCAGAGCGCAUCUUCUACCGUUACCUUUCGCCAGCCGGAAACACGGUUAACUCCCAAGAGAACCACGAGAUCUACCUUCCUCCCGCCCUCCGAAUUCACAGCUUCCCCCUCAGCAGCACGCAAGAGCCAAAGACCCAGACUGAGUUAUCGAUAAUGGCCCAGAUUCCUGACAUGUUCCAUGCCCAGAAGGAAUACUGCUUCAGGGCGAUGGAACAAGAUGCCUUCCCCCGUUUCCUCCGCUCAAAGGCCUUUGGUAAUCUCACACCUAUAUCCGCCCUGGUCCGCCUCAUAGCCGGACUCGUCAUCCUCUGGAUAGGACUUGCCGUGGGCUUUGCCCUAAUCUUCUUGGACGUCGAACCCAAGUCCAAACGCUUCUUCCUCUUCAUUCCAUAUACGCUCGCCAUUCUCUUCUUGAUCUCACAUCAGUAUGAGUUAGACCCUAUCCUUGUCUUCCUCAACCAGUCUGAGACGACACCGUUCCGAACUUUGACCAUGCGAGAGCCUUAUGUCAGGAAGCUCUUGCUUGGGCGGGCCAUCUGGGUGACGGUGCUGGUUGCUGCGUUUUCAACAGCGUUGACAAUGCUCUUCUGGGCUGUGCCGGGGCACAGGCUCUAGAUCAUCAUGUUCUGGAUUAACCCACUGACUACCCCUGUUUUAUCUCGUGCAACCGUUGUUGCAUUUGGGACUCAGACUCACGAACGGUUUCCUUCUCCCCCCUCUCUCUAUCUUUAUCGUCCCGAUCUUAAUAAUUUUAUUCGGUUUGUCAUUCUGAUCUUUUGUUUUGUUUUGUCUUGUCUCUGUCGUCGUUAUCACUACUGUAGUUGUUUGCUUUGUUUUUGACCAAGUCUUCACACUCCUUUGGAUACCCUUUUCCAGUCUUUCUUCGUUUCAAUGGGUCGUUUGACAAUGUAGCCUUUUUUGCUGCCUGACAUCCCUGUAGUAUUCAUCGCUUGGAGCCGUUCUAUCCCUUCGAGCUCCAUGCCAGUUUCUAAUCCCGUCCCUCGAU